AAAUUUAGGAUAUGGCAGAAAUUUCGAAUUCUACUGUAUUUACAAACGAUGCAUCUUCUACUGGUGCUUCCGAUCUCCUCCAACAAGCGUUCCAGCAAGUUGUUGAUGAUGACGAUCAUGAUAAUGAGUUCGUCGCAUUUUUACAAAAUGACGACAAUGAUUCUCAAACUAUUCACUUGACUCCGGAACAAGCAGCGGCCUUAGGACUAACCUUCGAGGUAAACUCAAACGAAGAGGUUAUAUAUCAACAAGAUCAAGAUAAUGCUACAUCAAAUAUACAAGAAAAUAUUUGUACAAAGGGUAGCAUUAAUGUACAGGACCAAAAUUCAUUAUCUUCUCAGGAUUCUAUAACAAUCAAUCAGUUAAAUUAUCAAACUGAAGAAGUACAAAAGUCCAGCGAUAAUGAAUUGAUUAAAACAGAGUGUAUUGAUUUUCAAGAAUGGCAUAUGCAAAAAGUUCCUCAAACCGAACAACUUCAAGAUCAAGUAGUUGAGAAUGGUUUAUCAUUGGAAGAAAUAAACUUAAAUGGUCAAAAUCAUGAAUCUCAACAAAUAAUUGAACACCAAAGUAAUAUAAUUCAACAAAGUUCAGGUACACAGACAAUAGUCUUGGAACAAUCUAAAGUACAUGCAAUAAAAGCUGAUGUUGCACAUGUCAAGAAUAUACACGAAAGUGAUUUGCAAUAUGCUGUUGAAGAUAGCAUAGCACAAAAUCAACUUAACACUAUACCUAAUUCUCAGGCGCAAAUCUUACAAAAACUACCUGUGAUUUUUCCAUCUUCACAAUUUAUCAUAAAACCUGCACAAACUAUAUUGAAACCAGCUAAAAAUAUUAGAUUAUUUCAAGGUUCAAAUAAACUUACUAACACAACUGUUAAUCCCAUUAACACUGUACAUUCACUUAAUACUAAUUCAAAUCCUAAUUCUGUAUUACUUUCAAAGGCUACAAUAUUAAAUAAUCUGUCACCACAAAUAAUAAAAGCUACUCCUAUAACAGCCCAAUUGUUAAAUACCAGUGGUAUAUCUGCACAAUUGUUAAACACAUCUCAGCUUUUAGCAGGUGCUUGUGAAAUACAGAAUCAAUCAAUUGGUACAUCACAUAUUUCUAAUACUAUAGUAAAUACCACAUCUGGUGCAACACAAAAUCUGGUUACUUCACAAAUACGUUUAUCUCCUAUUGUAAAAACAUCACAGCCUCUUCAAAGAGGAAAUGUUCAACAAUUUUUAACUCCGGUGCUAAAAGGUGCAUCAACUGUGCUUCCAAAGUCUAAUCAACUUUUAAAUAAUACUAGUGUAACUACAGCUAUUCCUGCACAAUUUUUAAAAUCAGUACAAAUUCCUUCUCAACUAUUUAAAACAAAAACUACAAUUGGCAAAAAAACUACAGGAACAACUGGAAUGUCAAAAACUACAGCUAAUUCUAAUACACCAGUUGUACUUCGAACUGCAUCAAUUGUUAAAACUCAAGAUUUGAAAAUAGCAACAACAAGUUCCACAUCGAUUUUAAAGCCAACACAGAUUUCAACACCUGUAUCUAUAUUAAAACCUCAAGCAAAAAUUGCACUCAAUAAUUCAACCAAACAAAAUGUAACUAUUGCAACUCAGAAUGUUGCUAACAUUUUAAGUAACUCACCGAACACUUCACAAAAAAUACCUGCAACACAACAAAGUGGUACAUCUGAAUCUGCCAAAUCAAUGCAAAAUGAAACCAAUAAACAAAAACUUAAUCUUGUAGUAAAUGGCACAAAUCUUAAAGUGAAUAAAAAAGCUAAAAGUACUCCUGUUAAAUCUGCAACAGUGGUGAAUGAAUCUACAGAUGUAUCUAAACCAUUAGGCUCUAAUAGUAUGCAACGCUUAACACCAACACAAUUGAAGCAAAUUGCACAUGUUUUGCAACAGCGUAGUCAAGAAGCAGCUGCAUCAAAUGAAAGAGUUGUAUACAGAGUUGUAUUUCCUGAAGAACUGGAUUUACGAAUUAGAAACCCAGGAAAUUUAUUAAAAAAUCGCGGUGGAAAAAGGGGUAGGCCAAAAAAAAGCGCUAUUAGACCUUCUUUACUUCCACCUAAGCCACCACCAAUUCCAGAGGAAGAACAAGAAGAGUUAAAAGAUGAAAGGAAAAAAGUAGUAGCUAGAACACGAUCUGGUAGACUUUCUCGACCUCCAAGACAUAUGGUACGAGAUUAUAAACAUUUACACCAUUUAGAUUUUUUACAACCUGAUUUAGAUGAUUCAGAUGGUGGUUAUAGUGACUAUAAUACUAACAACGAUAAACUUGAAGAAGAAGAAUCACCUAAAGAAUUAUUAACAGGACUAGAAGUACCAAAAAGAAAAAUAUCAGAUCAUUUUAGGUGUCCCACAUGUAAUAAAAUAUAUUUGGGACGUACUCGUAUGGCGAGGCAUUUUGAAAUGCAUCCUGACCAUGGCAGUCCUGAACAACUACCUCCUCCAACACCUGAACCUGAAUUGAAACAAAAUGGGGGACAAGAUCCUUUAAAACGUAAAGGAAAAAAACGAGGUCCUUGGGCUUAUGUUACCCCUGAAGCUAAGUCAGAAAGACGUCAAAUAAAAUUACGGGAAGCAAUUUCUGUAUGUGAAGAUCUCGAAAUAAUAAAAAUAGCUGCAAAGCCGGUACUUAACGCACAAUCAUUAUUUGAUUUAUUAGUACUAAAGUCUGAAAAUAAUGUAAGAAAUUUUUUGAAUGAAUUAAAACAAUUAAUGAAUACAAUUCGGGAAAAAGCUGGAGCAAUAUUAACAGUUGCAAAUAGCGGCGAAGAAUCAAACAAAGAUUUAAUUGAUAUCAGUGAAGAAUCACUUUGUGAUGCUUUAGGUCUUAAUCCAGGUUUAUAUAAGAUUAACAAUGAAGCUCUAAAAAAAGUUGAUACUCCUAUUUGUAGUACCUACGAUAAUGAAGAACCUCCUCUCAAACUUCAAAAGACAGAUACAUCUGAAGAUGGUAAAGAAAAUAUGGAAGAACGAAUGUCUAGUGGAUUUUCUGAAAGUUCAGAUCUCAGUGUUUCAGACUUUUUAAGUGAUAGAAGAAGUGACUCUGUAACAAAUCCGACUUGCCCAGAAGUAUUAUCAGCUUUAACACUAAUGAGAAGAAAUCCCAGUCCUGCAAAUACUACAGAGAGUAAUAAAUCCAACAACGUGUCGAAACUUUUAAUUUCAAAUCCAGAAAUUCAAAAUCAAAUCUCAGAUAAUCCUGGAUUCCAAAAAGUGGAUAUCAUUUCACCAAAAAUUUCAAAUUACCAAAAAACAGAGUCUCAUAAAGAAAAUUUUACAAAACUAGGGAACAAUUUAGGAUCAUCAAACUUCUGUAAGGUUGAAGAUAAUUAUGAACCUAAGAUAGAGCAUAUAGAACAAGCUUUCAUAAAAUUAGAACCAACGGAACAGGGUUUUGUUAAAUUAGAAAACUGUGCUGUAGAAGCUUAUCCAAAACAAGAUGCUUCAAAUUUUGAAAAAGUGCAAAAUAGUUUAAAUAAUAUAGAGAAUGGAUCUCAGAACUUCGCGAAAGGUUUCCAAAAACUGGUUUCUAAAAUAAUCCCUAUAACUUCAUCAGAUAUAAAUUGCGUUAAAACUCAAUCCGCGUCAUUAGACACAGGUUCUUGCAAAAUAAUGCCUGCUACAUCUAGUUGCAAAAUUUCAGACAACUUACCAAUACUUCAAGAUACAGUACCAAUAAUUUCAAAUAAUUGUGAUACUAGUAUAUUUGGCAGUUCAGAAAAUUUAGAUAUGUCAAAAAUAGCUCAAUAUGAUCACAUUACACAUUUAGAUAUUUUAAACACAAGUGGUGUAAUAGAUAAAAAUUUACUAAUUGAUGAAAAAUUAGUCGAGCAAUUGCAUCUAGUAGAUCAAUCAAAUUUAGUUGAUGAACUAGUAUCUGAACGAUUAAAAAAUAUUAUGCCAGAUAAUAUAUUAGAGAACAAUUUGAUACCAAAUAAUUCAAACUUAGAUACAGAUCUCGAUUUCGAUGCACUAAGUGAAGAAUUCAAUAGAAAUACCAGAAGUUGAUUCUUGGAUGAUGGCAUGCAAGAUGUUCCUAAAGAAGUUAAAAUAAUAUGUAUAGUGUAC